UUUCUUAAUCACGACUUGUAUACAUGUAAACAAAAAAACCUGUGUGCCUGCCUAUAAAUGUACACUAGUAUCUCCCUUCCUUUUGUGAUUCUCUCCUCUCAAAUCUUUUAACCACAACCCAACAAAUCAAAAAACUCAAAAUCUUUCUUCCAUGACGAUGACGACGACGCAUCUCAACAAAAAACCAAGGUUAGAGAACAACACACUAGUCAACCAUUUCGACGACUUACCUGACGAUCUCAUCAUCUCUAUCCUCUGUAAACUCUCUUCCUCCGCUUCUUCUCCUUCCGAUUUCCUCACCGUUCUCCCCACAUGCAAGAGAUUGAAUCGGUUAGCGUUACAUCCUCUGGUUUUAUCAAAAGCCGGUACUCAAACCUUAGCCGUUACGGCGGAGAAAUGGUCCGAUUCUGCUCACGCUUUCCUCAAACUCUGCGCUAAUGCCGGAAACGCCGACGCUUGCUACGCCCUCGGAAUGAUCCGAUUUUACUGUCUUCAAAACCAUGGGAGCGGCGCGUCGUUUAUGGCUAAAGCGGCCAUUCAAUCUCACGCGCCGGCGCUUUACGCGUUAGCGGUGAUUCAGUUCAACGGAAGCGGCGGUUCAAAAACCGAUAAGAAUCUACGCGCCGGGGUAGCUCUCUGCGCCCGUUCCGCUUACGUAGGCUACGUCGAUGCGCUUCGUGAGCUCGGUCACUGUCUCCAAGACGGUUACGGCGUCCCUCGUAACGUCUCUGAAGGUCGUAGGUUUUUGAUUCAAGCCAAUGCGCGUGAGUUCGCGUGUUCUCUACGCUCUUACAUCUCUCUCAAAUCCGAGGAGGGAGACGAGGAGAUGUUGUUGACCGAUCUGAGCGCUGUUCCGGUUCAUGAGAUUCAUCCGGUUAACCGGUUUUUGAAAGAGUGGUUUGGUCCGGGUCGUGUUGGUUUAGCGGAAGGGUUGAGGAUGUGUUCGCAUGACGGUUGCGGGAGGCCCGAGACUCGUGCUCAUGAGUUUAGGAGGUGCUCUGUUUGCGGGAAGGUUAAUUAUUGUUCGCGUGGAUGUCAAGCGUUGGAUUGGAGAGUUAAGCAUAAGAUGGAAUGUACGCCGUUGGAUCUUUGGGUUGCGGCGGCGGCGGCGGCUGUGGCGAUGGAGGAGAUUGGUGGCGACGGUGAAGCGGUGGUCAUUGAUGAUGAUGCUGAUGAUAAUCAUGCGGAGCGGUAACCGUCUCUCUUUGACCGUUGAGUUUUUUAUUUUUAUUUUUUUAGAAUCCUUUUAAGCUUUUUUCUGUCUUUUUCUUUUUUAUUCUCUUUUCUUAAUUAAAUUUAGUUUGGAGUUUGGACUAAUGGCGUUUCUGAGUUCCCUAAUACUACUGACAUGACAUGUUACUUUUUAACAAUAUGGUAUAUUUUAAUUUGCAUA